GUACGGCUAUACUAGUAUUCUACUCGCAAGUCGCAAGCCUCAUUCAACAUCUCUCUCUCUCUCUCUCUCUCUCUGAACGAUGGUUGGUGUGCUUGCUGCUGCUGAGCACUGAUGCAGCCUUUUCUUAUGGGCAUUUAAUACCUGAGUUAUUACUGCAAGGGAGGGAGGGAUCAAAUGCAGGCAGUUCAAUAGAAAAAGAAAAAAAAAGAAACAACCUGAGCACCAGAGUUCUUGGCUGCUCCAAGUUCGCAUUGUGAUCCACGGAGCCGGAGAAGGGGGCAAAACAAAACCUUAUGGUUUCUUGAUUCAUUUCUGCUUUGGUGAUUGAUUCUUGGUUCCGUUUCUUGGGCCCCGAUUUGGGAGGGGUUCUUGGCGAUGAGGAGGCAUGGGUGGCAGCUACCUUACCACCCUCUUCAGGUGGUGGCGAUAGCGGUUUUUCUGGCACUGGGUUUUGCGUUCUAUGUGUUCUUUGUGCCAUUUGUGGGGAGGAGUGAGCUCCAGUAUGUGCUCAUGGGUCUCUACACUCCACUGAUUACUUGUGUUGUCACAUUAUACAUAUGGUGUGCAGCAACUAAUCCUGGUGAUCCAGGCAUUUUUAAAGCAAAGAAACAUCCAAAAUUAGGCAAGGAUGGAAAGCAAAUACAAGAAAUUUCAGAGCACGAAUCAUGCCAGGGAGGAAAGUCGUUCAGCGAUGGCUGUAGCAUUGUUAAUAACAGUGAGAGAUUAAGCAAUAUGUUUGAAGGGAAUGAUUCAUCUUCUCGGCCUGGGUUACAUGGAGUUCUUUGCUUGAUAUGCAACCCAUUCUUCUGCUUAUGGAAAAGAUUCUUUCACUCAGAUGACCAAUCUUCGGAACAGCACAUGAGCGAAGAAGGCAUGUUCUUUUGCAGCUUAUGUGAAGUAGAGGUGUUGCAGCAUAGUAAGCAUUGUAGAGUUUGCGACAAGUGUGUUGAUGGUUUUGAUCACCACUGCAGGUGGCUCAAUAAUUGCAUAGGAAAAAGAAACUACAAAAGAUUCUUCAUUCUAAUGGCUUCAGCUGUUCUCUUGCUUAUAAUGCAGUGGUUAGUGGGCAUUCUUGUGCUGAUACUCUGUUUACUGAAGCGAGGGGAGUUCUCCGGACAGAUCAUCUCAAAGUUAGGAAGUAGCUUCUCAACAGCUGCUUUUGUAAUUGUUGUGAUGACAUGUACUUUACUAGCAAUGCUUGCAACAAUACCCCUUGCCCAACUUUUCUGCUUCCAUGUUCUGCUUAUUAAGAAAGGCAUAAGUACGUAUGAUUAUAUUGUAGCUUUGAGAGAACAAGAAGAGCAGCAAGAGGUUACUGAGCAUCAAAGCCCGCAGAUGUCUAUUAUUAGCUCUGUGACAGGGUUUAGCACAACUAGCUCAUUUGCUCCUCUUCAACGUGGGUCAUGGUGUACUCCGCCACGUUUAUUCCUUGAAGAUCAGCAUGUCAUUCCCCCAGAAAUGCCACAGAACUCCUCAAGCAAGAAGGCAAAGCAUGCUGAUGUAACCAAACGAAAACCAUCAGGACCUGUGAAAAUCAGUCCCUGGACACUAGCUCGCCUUAACGCGGAGGAAGUUUCGAAGGCAGCUGCAGAGGCGAAAAAGAAGUCCAAAGUUCUUCAGCCAAUCGCGAGACAUGAAGAUCCUAAACAUGACAAGAGGCGACCCGACAAGAGAGGGCAGUUUCUACCUGAACUUUCCGUCGAUCACACUACGAGGACAUCUGAUAGCUGCACCGACAGCAACUGCAGCGACAUGGACAUGGAAACAUGUGGCAGUUUAGCCCCAUUGCAACAUGAAGCGAGGAGCGUUUUCCAACCAAGCAUCGCAUCGUCGAUCAGAAACCUCACCUCAUCACCUCAGAGCAGCCUGGACUCACCUGAUCUUCACCCAUUCCGUGUUUCAAUGUCAGGAGCAGACGAACUCCGCAGUUUCAUGUCACUCGCAGCAUCAGAAUCCACUGCUCCAAAAAGCAUUGCACUUUCAAGGUCGACGAGUGGUGGGUACGAGGCCUCGGGAGGCGAGGAAAGUGAUCGCAUCCCGUCAAAGAUCGUGCACCGGUCGUCCAAUUGGGCCAAUGCCAUCCUCAAUUCCGGUAGGCGAGAAAUGGCAGCCGAUCUGAACUUGCCAACAUCUGAAAGAUUUCUUACAAACACCAGGUUUAGCUAGCUAGUCAUUUGCUGUGCUGCUAGUUGUGAAUGGGCUGUAGGAUUUACUGACCUGUUACUGGUUAGAAGUAGUAGUGUUGUUGCAAUUGUGACCAAUAUCUGUUCCAGCCAAGACAAUUGCCUCAUAUUGGGUUUAGCUGCUGUACUGCUCUAAUUUGCUCUCUUGCACUCAGUUUUGUACUCUCCGUGCUCAACCUGCAUGGUUGACCAUGGGAUACAUUUGACGGAUGGCAUUCUUUCAACAGUUUGUUUUGCUAGAGCCCCUUUUUCAUAUGCAAAA